UUUGCUGGUGCUGCACAGUCUCUGGGUGCUGGUGCUAUUCUUGUGAACCCCUGGAACAUAACUGAAGUUGCUGCUUCAAUUGGCCAAGCGUUGAAUAUGACUUGUGAAGAAAGAGAGAAGCGGCACAGGCAUAACUUUGUGCACGUGACAACCCACACUGCUCAACAAUGGGCUGAAACUUUUGUGAGUGAACUGAAUGAUACUGUUAUUGAAGCUCAGCAAAGGAUAAGACAGGUUCCACCUCCACUUCCUAUUGGUGAUGCAAUCAAACACUACUUGCAAUCCAAUAAUCGAUUGCUUAUACUGGGUUUCAAUGCUACUUUAACUGAAUCAGUGAAUAACCCAGGAAGAAGAGGAGGAGAUCAAAUUAAAGAAAUGGACCUGAAAUUGCAUCCGGAGCUCAAAGAACCUCUAGCAGCACUCUGUAGUGAUCCAAAGACAACUAUUGUUGUUCUCAGUGGAAGUGGCAGACAUGUCUUAGAUGAUAAUUUUGGCAAGUACAACAUGUGGCUGGCAGCAGAAAAUGGAAUGUUUCUUCGCUUUACAAAAGGAGAAUGGAUGACAACAAUGCCAGAACAUUUGAAUUUGGAAUGGGUUGAGAGUGUUAGACAUGUUUUUGAGUACUUCACGGAUAGAACCCCUAGAUCGCAUUUUGAUCCCCGUGAAACUUUACUUGUAUGGAACUACAAGUAUUCAGAUGUUGAAUUUGGACGACUGCAAGCCAGGGAUAUGCUACAACAUCUUUGGACUGGUCCAAUUUCUAAUGCAUCUGUUGAUGUUGUCCAAGGUAGUCGCUCAGUUGAGGUGCGAGCAGUUGGUGUUACAAAGGGUGCAGCUAUUGAUCGUAUAUUGGGAGAGAUAGUUCACAGUAAAUCUAUUUGCACCCCAAUUGAUUUUGUCCUAUGCAUUGGGCAUUUUUUAGGCAAGGAUGAGGAUCUGUUCUCAUUUUUUGAGCCAGAGCUUCCCUCAGAUCCAACUGGUGCUCCAAGAAGUAAGGUAGCCGAUGCACUAGAGGUACCUGAUGCACUAAAGAUUCCUGGGGAGAGAAAACCACCCUCAAAACUUCCAACUAGCAAAAGUGGCUCCAAGUCUUCGCACAAUAAAACUCAAAGACCUGUGUCAAAUGCAGAGAAGAAAACCAAUAAUCAUGUCAGUGGUAGCGGACGGAAGUCACCACCUGAAAAUAUGUCAUGGCAUGUGCUCGAUCUCAAAGGGGAAAAUUACUUUUCUUGCGCGGUUGGGCGUACUCGUACCAAUGCCCGGUAUGUCCUUGGAUCAUCAGAAGAAGUUGUUUUCUUUCUGAAGGAGCUGGCAGGGGCAUCUUUCACUGGCUUGCCAUAA